CGCCGGCGUCCGGUCCGCCCGCGCGCAGUGAAAGUCCCCCCAGUUCAGCCGCCCGCCUGCCUGGACAGGUCUGCUGCCUCGCACCUGCUGCGACCCACGGGACCCACGAUCAAAGUUGAGAAAAUGGUUGACCUUGCCCAGCUAAUGGAAAAUGAAGUAUUCAUGGCAUUUGCCUCCUAUACGACCAUUGUUCUUUCAAAAAUGAUGUUCAUGAGUACUGCAACUGCAUUCUAUAGAUUGACAAGAAAGGUUUUUGCCAACCCGGAAGACUGUGCAAGCUUUGGCAAAGGAGAAAAUGCCAAGAAGUACCUUCGGGUUGAUGACAGAGUAGAACGUGUACGAAGGGCCCACCUGAAUGACCUUGAAAAUAUUGUGCCAUUUCUUGGGAUUGGCCUUCUCUACUCCUUAAGUGGUCCAGAUCUCUCUACAGCUGUCCUGCACUUCAGACUCUUUGUUGGAGCACGGAUCUACCACACAAUUUCAUAUCUGUUACCCCUUCCCCAGCCAAAUCGUGCUUUGGCUUUUUUUGUAGGAUAUGGAGUUACCUUGUCAAUGGCUUACAGAUUGCUGAAGACUAGAUUGUACUUGUAAGGAGAAUCAUACAACUC